AUGGAUGGUGACAUAAGGAGAUUUCAGAGGAUGUACAUUUGUUUUGCAGCAUGCAAGAAUGGGUGGAUGAAUGGCUGCAGGCCUAUAAUUGGUUUGGAUGGGUGUCACAUAAAAGGGCACCAUCCUGGACAGCUAUUGGCAGCAGUUGGCAUAGAUGCAAACAAUGGGAUGUUUCCAAUUGCAUAUGCCAUUGCUGAGGCUGAGAACCAAGAAACAUGGACCUGGUUUCUUUACCUACUGAAAUGCGAUCUGAAGAUAGAAAGGGAUAGUAGCUACACAUUCAUCACAGAUAAGCAAAAAGGGCUGGGAAAUGCAAUUGCAGUGUUGCCCUUUGUUGCUGGUUUAAUAUGGACUUGUACAUAUGCUGGUUGGUUUCCAAAUGCUGAACACAGAUACUGUGUUAGGCAUCUGUAUAACAAUUUCAAAGCCAAGCAUCCGGGGGAGGGGCUAAAACAAUUGGACAAGAAUCCAGCACAAUGGUCUAGGGCUUACUUCAAAUAUGAGUCUAGGUGUGACCUACUGCUCAACAACCUCUGCGAGUCUUUCAAUGCAGCCAUUAUGCCAGCUAGAGAUAAGCCUAUCCUAACAAUGUUAGAAAAGAUUAGAAUGGAUAUGAUGGUGAGGCAAUCAAAUAGAAGAGUGGCUUGUGAAAGGUGGAAGGAUUUGGUUGGACCAAGAAUCAAGAAGAUCAUUGACAAGAUUGGUCAGAGAGCAACUAAAUACAGAGCACAUAGAGCUGGGGAGUUCAUAUUCCAGAUCACUGGCUGUGGAGAGCAUGGCAGCAAGCAUGCUGUAGAUCUGGGCCUCCAUACUUGCACCUGUAAGAGGUGGCAGCUGAGUGGGAUACCCAGUGUUCAUGCCGUCUGUGCAUUAAGGUUCAAGAAACAGGAAGUUGCAUUAUAUUGUGAUGACUAUCUUAUGCCCUCAACCUAUUUGGAUGCCUACAACCCCAUAAUCUACCCUAUUGCUGGCCAAGAGGAUUGGGAACCUGUUGAUUACCCCAUUGCACCUCCACUUUUCAAGCAGCAACCUAGUCGGCCUAAGAUGAAAAGGGUGAAGGAACCAGGAGAGAGGAAUCAGACCACAGCCCCACCUGCACCUAAAGAGGGGAAGUUGCCUAAGACUGGUAUAAAAAUGUCUUGUAGAGUAUGUGGCCAGCAAGGACACAACAAGUUAGGUUGUCCAAUCAUAAAGGCAGCUAAGGCAGCAGCAACUGGAGAAGGUUCAUCUAAUGGAGCAAAUCCUAGUAACAAAAGGAAGAGAACCAACAACAAGCCCAAGAGAGCAUCUUUUCCAAAGGGGUGUUCUAACUUGAAGGACCAAAUCAUAAGGUCAAGAAAGACUUGGAAGAAGAUGAAGGAAACUGCUGGUGGUACUUCUACUGUCAAUACAAGUGCCUCAGCUUCACAAAGUGUGCAGCAACCUCCUACUCAAAGUAGUCAAAAUCCUGCUGCAAGAGGUGCACAUAAGAAGUCAUCCCAGCCUAUACAACAAAGUCAAGCUUCCUCUGAAUGGGCAGGACUUUGA